CUUUGGGGAGUGUAGAAGUGGGGGGGCGGGAUGAGGACGUUAGAGGUUCCAGACUGGUUGUGGGGCUUCAUCAUGAUCCUGUCCCAGGAGAGAAGCAAGGCUUUUUGUUUUGGUGGGGGGAGAUAAUGCUUUACCUUUGGACGGGGUGACUGCAUUCAUUCAUUCAACCAACAUUGAACCGAGCCCCUACCCUCUCCCCAGACCUUUGCUAGGUUCUGAAGGUAGAAUGUUGCCUAGGACAGAGCGGGAAGAGCAGGCAGUAAAGUAGCAAAUCCAGAAACGAGCAAGACCCCUACGGACUGCAGUAUGAGAUGCAGAGGGAAUGGCCUGACCAGACGGAGCAGGGCCUCACCUGCUCACCUACUUGAGCUCUGAUACAACCAGCAGCGCUUCAGUGACGAAGGAUUACUCGAGUUGAGACCUGAAUGGCCAGAAAGGCUGCCUCCCCUCCCCAGCUGCAGCGCCGCCCCCCUCUGGUUCCCCCCGCGCCACGACCUGCUCGUGGACACGCGCAGCAUUCGCUACUAGUUCACCGCGCAGCUGGAGGACAAGCUGCGGGCGCCCCCCGGCGCUGCACUCGACGUUCUAACCUUACGCGUGCGCCGCCUGCCCCAGGCCUUCCAGCGCUGCGGCCACCUGGCGCGGCCCGGCGCCGACCGCCGCACUAGGUUCCGGAUCUGGCCUGGCUGCCCUGCCCCGCUCUGGUCAACGCGCUCCUGCACCAAGACGCGGCCGCCGGACCUCGGUUUCCUCUCUGCGCGCGGGAGCGUCGGGCCCACCGCGCUUUGUGCCGACAUCACCCAGACGCUGUCGCUGCUGCUCCUUGCGCCUCAGUCUCCCCCUUCCUCGAUGGGAAGAGCCACUCUUGCCCACCUCUGCAUCUGUCAGGGUUCGGCCCUCUCGGGCCCUCGGUCUCCCCACCUGCCCGAUGGGAAGAGCCAUCCUUGCCCACCUCUGCAUCUGGCAAGCUUUGGCCCUGUCUGCACCUCGGUCUCCCCAUUUGCCCAGCCGACAGAAACUUCCCUCUUCCCGCCCUCUGCCUCGUUUGGAAGGGGAUGCAGGCGGGUCGGCCAGUGGGAAGAGGACGGAUUGGGCGCGCCCGUUCCUUGUGGGACUUCGGGCAAAGACAGCCUCACCUAGCCUCGUCUACUAAUCAAUCUCUGUCCCAGAGAACGAACUGUUCCCGUAGGGGAUGGGAAGGGAGCGGGGGGCAGGGGGCGGGCUGUGUGGUUCCCGCGCCCUCGGCCCCUCUUCUCUCUCGCGAUCCCUAGAUACUCAAAAAAAGCGGGCCGUUAGAGCGGCGGGCUCUGGGGCGGCGGAACCUUCCUUGCGGCGCGCGGGUUUCCGGCCGGCGCCCUUUCCCAGGGACGCCGCCGCCCCUCGCGCCCCCGCGCCCCCCGCGCCCGCGUCCCCGGCGCCGCCGGCCCGGAGCUCCCCCAAGCCUCGGUCCCGCCGCCGCCGUCACUCGCGAGGGGAAGCCCGGGCCGCUCGGGACCUCGGCUUGUUCCUCCGGACCCGAGAGGCCACUGCACCGGCUGCCGCUCCAGAUGCUGCUGCUGCCGCCGCGGCCACCCCACCCUCGGUCCUCCUCUCCGGAGACCAUGGACCCGCCGCCCCCCAAGGCUCCCCCUUUCCCCAAGACGGAAGGUCCUUCCUCCACUCCUUCCUCGGCGGCGGGGCCCCGACCCCCGCGGCUGGGCCGCCACCUGCUCAUCGACGCCAACGGGGUCCCCUACACGUACACGGUGCAGUUGGAGGAGGAGCCCCGGGCCCCGCCACAGCGCGAGGCACCGCCGGGAGAGCCAGGCCCUCGCAAGGGCUACAGCUGCCCUGAGUGCGCCCGGGUCUUUGCCAGCCCUCUGCGGCUGCAGAGCCACCGCGUGUCGCACUCGGACCUCAAGCCCUUCACGUGCGGCGCCUGCGGCAAGGCCUUCAAGCGUUCCAGCCACCUGUCGCGGCACCGUGCCACGCACCGUGCCCGCGCCGGCCCACCGCACACCUGCCCGCUCUGCCCACGCCGUUUCCAGGACGCAGCGGAGCUGGCGCAGCACGUGCGCCUCCACUAAGUUCCAGACCCGGCCUGUGCUGCCCGGCCCCUCUCUGGGCCACCACGUCUGACCCACACAGCGUCACUCCCACACACAUUCCCUUACUCCGCUGAGGUUACUGCCUUACCCUGUGCCUCAGUUUCCCCAACUAUCUAAAGGGAGAAACAUUCCUUCCUUCCCUCCCUCUCUAGCUGUGUGUAGACCAAGUCGUUGCCCCUCCCACUGCCUGGGAGCCAGUCGGAGCCCAGUUUCCGCCCAGCUGUGCUGUGUGAGCCUUUGCAAGCGGCGUAACCUCUCUGAGCCCUGGUUGUCUGCUCCGAAGUGGUGAACGGUUGUUGUCUGCGUGGAAGAUUUGACAAAAGAGCACGGGCACGGUCUGGCUUAUUUCUGUGUUGCCCCAUUUCCACCCACCACCCUCACCCUUUACUCAAUAAACAUUCCGCACUCCA